AUGACGCUCAAAUUAGUAAAAGUAGACACUGCUACUGAUUUUGAGGAGCUCAUAGCGUGUCAAUGGGCUUCUUACGAAAAUCCCCUUCAGCCAUUCUUUCGCAUGUUUUGUCCCCUACUUGGUGAAGGUCCAUCAGCACAUGCAGAUUCCCUCAAGGAGUCGGUAGAACUACAAUUGAAAUGGCACAACGAGGACCCGACGAGCUACUGGGGGAAGGUGGUGAACGACGAUGGCAAAAUUGUCGGCGGCUGUUUGUGGAAGGUUUGCCCAACAAAUCCAUUUGACACGGAGGACGAUCAUGCAUGUGCCUAUUGGCAGCCUGAAGGGGAAAGAAGGGAGUUUAUCUCCCAAGCUUUGAAGCAGUUUGAUGCCCCCCGAGCGAGAAUGGGUGCCAGACCCCAGGUUUACGUUAAUAUUGUCUUCACACACCCAGAUCACCGUCGCCAAGGUGUAGCAAACGUGAUCAUGAACUGGAGCAAGCAAAAGGCCGACGAGAUGGGCGUUGAACUUUGGCUCGACGCGACUGAGCAAGGUGUGCCUGUUUAUGAGAGGCACGGUUUCACUGUCGUCAAUGUCAACACUAUCCAACCGACGAAAGAGAACCCAGGGAAAGAAUGGAAUAAGGUUAAGGAAGAGUUGGGAACUAUGACAUUUAGGCAGAUGUGGAGGCCGGCUGGCGGCGAUUAUCAGGAGGGUAAGACUGUGAAGCCGUGGGAGACAGUGGAUAUCGUGUAUGAACCUGAGCCCGCGUUUGUAAAGGCUUAUGUGGCUUGA